UAAUCACCGCGCGACAGUCUCGGAUUUGACAUUCGACGGCCGUCUUCGUCUUCCCGCGACAGCUCUCGUCCUCGAGGCCUUCGCACAACACCCCAAAAAGCACGAACCGCCUGCCAACCUUCCCCCCCGGUUUCUAAUGAGUGCUUCCAUCUCUAACGCGCAAAACCCGUCGAAUUUGGCCGCCCAGAACGUCAUCGCUGCGACUUCUUCCUCCCCAGGAUCGUCGUCCAACGUGGCCGCUGGUUCGGCACAACCCACUGCCCGCAGCUCAUACGCAAACGCGACCAAGAAGACCAGCUCUCCUCCGAUCGCGUCCAGCGCAGCGCCGCCUGUGGCAGUGGGCGGGCCGCAGAGUGCACAGCAUGGCAAGAGCACCUCCAUUUCACCGAUGAAUGGCAAAAACCCCAUCCAGCCCGCAGUUCCCUCAAUGGCGCCCACCAUUGUCAACAGCAGCAGCAGCGGCGGCGGCGGCAUGAACGGCACGCCGACACAAGGCGACCACAGCCGCAAGUCGUCCAUCCAGAUCAGUGCAGCCGGCACCACGUACAUGGCGAAUGGCGGCCCGGUUGCGUCCACCACUCGCGCACCCUCGCGCCUGACUUUUGGCGCUAUGGAUACGAGUGGAUCACCAGCACCAUCGCACCCAGCGCCGCAUCACCCCCAGGGUGCGAGUCUGAAUCCGCAGAUGCACAAUCCGAGGGUUACGUCACCCGCUGCAUCGCCCUCGCCUAUCCCAACGCCAAACUUGAGCGGCGGCCGACCUGAAAUGAACCUGCCUGGCCGUCCGAUCGUGGUGUUUGGUGGAGGGAAUGAUGGUGGGGAUUCAAAUUCUCGCCCCAUUUCCAUGCCACCUCAACCGAACCCACUCCCACAAGCACAACACCUGCGACGGGAGUCCUCGCAGUCUGCACAUAGCGAUAUGAGCAACCCGAAUAUGGGUAUCAAUCGGGGUUUCCAACCAAAUGGUGGUCGUGGUCGUGGUGGCUUCACCCCCGGCUUCACUCCCCAGCUGGGCCCCAACUCACCACAGCCAUACCAACGAUCGCUCGCCAACCAGCCUCGAGGCCCGGCGAACAUGGCACCGCCCUUCCCAGCUCAAACGCAGAUGCACCCUAAUUCCCCUUAUCGCUCCAACCGGAGUCCUGCCAUGGCUCCAGCGCAGGUACAACAGCAAGCCCAAUUCGCAAACCCGCAAGGCAUGGCGUACGGCUAUCCCCAUGCACCCUACCAACAGCCCGUUCGUAUACCCUCUCAUCUGUCUUUUUCUUCUUCUCGCGGCGAGGUUAUUGAGCCGUCUUCAAAGCUCUCUAGCACCAACGGCGCGAACUCGUUGCCGAAAUUUCGUAUGCCAGCCGAGCAGUUUCAUGUUUUUCUUUCGCCGUUUUCUCCAGAUGUCUCUUCUGCGAAUAGCAAUUACAAUCAGUAUCUGACGGACAUGAAUUCUCAGAGCGUGUACGGUGUCCCUCCGCAGGGCCUAGACCCGUACGGCCAGUACUACGCGCCGCAGCAGUACGGUAUGCCGCAAACCAUGCACUAUCCAGGAGCUGUUCCCGCAAGUCCUGGGCGCGGCCAUAGCUUCCCCCAGCAAAUGCAAGGCCAUUAUGGCUUGCCCAAUGCCUACGCGCACGGCCCGCAGGCGCAGGGAAUGUCCCGCAGCCCAUCUAAUGUCUCUGAGCGACCGCCAUCAGCCGUUGCCCAGCCUUCAACACCAGCGAUGACCAAUGUGAACCAUGUCUCGCACACGCACACUCCUAGUGCAAGCUCAGCUAGCCCAGCCCCCAGCUCUUCUAAUUUCACCAUUCCAGCAAAGAAGACCAGCAAGGCAAUUGUUAUCAAGAAUGCGGACGGCGAGGUAUUGGACUUCAACCCCAGGAAAACGGUCUCACCCGCACCAGUUGCACAAACCGCGCCGCCUGUCCAGCCGAGGUCCCCGGCAAUUGUCUCGACACCUACUCCACCUCCACGAGCACCCAGCGCAGCGGACUCUUCCCAUAGUCGAACCGAGAGUCUGGUCACCAAGUCCAGCAAAGAGAGGCGUGCGGACUUCGUGGAACAAUUUCACCAGACUCUCAAAGCUGAGAAGGAGAAAGAGGAGGCCGAGAAGAAAGCCGCCCAAGAACAAGAAGCUAAAGCCAAGGCUGAAGCAGAAGCCAAAGCGAAGGAAGAAGAGGAAGCAAGGGAGAGGGAGGAGGCUGAAGCCAGGGCGGCAAAGGAGAAAGAAGACGCCGAGAGGGCUGCAAAUGAGAAAGAGGCUGCCGAGAAGGCAAGGCAAGAAGAAGCAGAGAGGCUCAAGCAAGAGGAAGAUGAUCGUAUGAUCGCCGAAAUGGAAGAAAUUGAGCGCCAAGAAGAGGAGCGCGAGCGACUAUACCUAGAGGAGAAAAAGAAGAAGGAUGCGGAGAAGCAAGCUCGUCAGGCCGAAGAGACCAAGAAGGAGGAAGAGCGACUUCGUCAGCUGGAGAAGGAGGCUGACGAACGCGAAGCAGCUCGUGAAAGGGAGACUCCUGAACAGAAGGCAGAGAGAGAGAAACUUUUUGCGUCGUUGAAGAAGAACACCCAGUUCGGUCCUGGCGCCAUGAUGACUGCUAGCGUAAGCGGCUCUUCAACUCCAACUGCUGAGCCUGCUGCACCCGCUCUCUCGCAGCUUGCUCCUCCCAAGGUCACCAGCGCUGGCAAGCCGAAACCGGCCGCUCUCAAACUUGAGACUACCAAGCCCGUAGAACCCGCACAGCCUACCGCUGGUAUGCAGGCCCUGAGAUCUGCGCGCUUCUUACAGAUCCGCAACGAAGCGGUCAACUACCCCGACGGCAUUAAGUCGCCGAAUCCUGCCCUCAACCAGAACAGCAAGAGCAAAGGUCGCCAGUAUGAUAAGGAAUUCUUGUUGCAAUUCCAGGAAGUUUUCAAGGAGAAGCCCUCCAUUGAUUGGGAUCUGAAACUGAAGGAGACUGUUGGAGACUCGACAGAUUCCGCACGACCCCAAUCCGCACGCACGCCCUCCAUGGGCAUGGGCGCUCGACAACCUUCACGCCCUAGUGUCCCUGCUGGUGGAGCUAUGGGUACGUUUGGACAAUUCGGUGGCAGGACGCUUCCGCCUGGUACAACCUCUGCCGAACGCUUCCGUGAGUCUCAAAAAACCAUGACCAAUCCCCUUGCCCAAUUCGUUGGUGGUGGCAACCGACCUGGCGGUUUCCCCAUGGGAACUGCUCCUCCCAUGGCCCGGACCAGCUCUUUCCAGAACAUGGGUCAAGCUGGUCCCAAUUCUCCGCGCAGCUCUAGUGGUAGGCCUAAUCGUAGUGGUAGGGGACCGAGAGGCCCUGGCAGGAAAGAGGAGGAGCAAAACGCAAAGGCUAUGCCCCUCACUGCUGGCCAAGAGCUCAAGCCCCUUGAACGAUCUACUACUGGCUGGAAACCCCAAAGCGUUACUCAGCAACAACCACAACAGCUUGCCGGACACAUGCCUCCCGAUAUGGUCCAGCGUAAGGUCAAGGCUGCUCUGAAUAAGAUGACCCCCGAGAAGUUCGACAAGAUUGCGGAUCAGAUCCUUGAGAUUGCCGGCCAAUCAAAAGACGAAAAUGACGGCAGGACUCUCCGCCAAGUCAUUCAGCUCACUUUCGAGAAGGCUUGUGACGAGGCUCACUGGGCAUCUAUGUACGCCAAAUUUUGCCAUCGCAUGCUUGCAACGAUGAGUUCCGACAUCAAGGACGAGAAUGUUCGAGAUAAGCACGGCGCACCCGUGGUCGGAGGAGCACUUUUCCGGAAGUACUUGCUCAACCGAUGCCAAGAGGAGUUCGAACGCGGUUGGGAAGUGAAUCUACCAGACAAGCCCGAAGGCCAGACCGACGAAGCGGCAAUGCUCUCUGAUGAAUACUACAUCGCCGCCGCUGCGAAACGAAAGGGACUCGGCUUGAUUCAAUUUAUUGGUGAACUAUACAAGCUUGGCAUGUUAACACUCCGCAUCAUGCACGAAUGUGUCCUUAAACUGCUCGACUUUGAGGGUACACCGGACGAGUCUGCUAUCGAGAGUUUGGUUAAGUUGCUACGGACAGUGGGCGCUACGAUGGAAGGUACCGACGCUGGACCCAAGAUGAUUGCCGUUUACUUUGAGCGGAUUCAGAAGAUCAUGAACAUGGAGACCCUUCCUAGUCGAAUGCGCUUCAUGCUUCUCGACACAAUCGAUAUUCGGAAAGCGGGUUGGAAGUCAAAGGACGAUGCGAAGGGCCCCAAGACGCUCACAGAGAUUCAUCAGGAGGCCGUAGCAGCUCAACAAGCUGCUGAAAUGGAGAGGACACGUUCCAACCAACGUGGUGGCCCUCGUCCUCCGAUUGGCCGCGGCGAUGCUCGCUCAUUCUCUGGCGCAAUGAUGCCUCCCCAGGAUUACCCCCGUGAUCGAGUCCAAAUGGACGACCUUCGAAAACUGUCAAAGGGUGCAUCUGGGCGUAACCUCAACAACCCCGGCCAGCUUGGUCCAUCGAUGCUCGGAAGCCGCAGCAGCAGUGGUCGUCGGGGUCUCGGUCCUGGUGGUGGACUCAUUGGACGAGGUGACGAGUCUGGGGCUUCCUCCCGAACGGCCACGCCUCCGGUGCAGAAGGAGAAAGAGUCUACUACACACAUGAAUUCAUUCAGUGCGCUUGCAACUCUUGAGACCGAAGGCACCGGCGAAGUCGGCUCUCCUCCAUCAACAGCCUCGUCACCACCUGUGUCGAAGUCGGUUCUGGCUCGGUCGAAGUCACCAGCUGUCGAGGCUAAGGAAGCCGGCAAGCCUUCCGAGUGAUUACCCUCUUAAUACCUACAUAAUGGUCUUUCGAGCGUGUGGCAGUUCUCAUACCCAUACACACCACGCGCGGUAAUCUAAUCUCACUGUUGCAUAGACGGGGCAUUAUCUGCGCGCAUUGUAUUGCAUUUCGUGGGGUUUUCUCAUUCAUCCACAUCAUUCCGAAGGAGCAAAAGUUUUUCAUCUCGUGUUGUUAGUCAACGG